CGAACCGUUCCGGUGCCUAUGAGCAAUGGCGAAGGGACCAGGAGAUUUCCGAUAAAACGCGCGUUUUCGCCAUCUACCCAACUUUUGGGCCGAAUCACAGUGUCGGUGGGUCUUUGCAUGCACUGAAGAGGGCUUUGGAGGCGUAUGGUAAGCCGAAAUGAUUUGAUGACCAUCUUCUUCGCCAAAUCUUGUUAUUUUCGUGUAGUUUCAGUUGAUGAACAGGUUACUUAGUUGUUCGAUUCAAGAUUCGUGACCACGACUCUUACUUACUACCCGUACCCCCCUCAUUUUUGUACUUAGUUACUUACUAACCGUACCCUCCUCAUUGUAGUUGUACUAGUAAAAAGUACAACUCAUAGUCAUAUUACAACUCCUCAGGUUGGCACUUCAACGACGACUCGACCGGAAUCGCGCAUGCUUUCUGGGAUCUCAAAUUCGGUUUGAAGGUCUCCGACAUCGGAACGCCUCCAAGCCUGCUGAACGACCGUUUUACCCGCGACAAAGUCAUCAAUUUUUUCGGCCAAAUCGCUGAUUUGACCACAAAGCUCGGUCUGCAAAGGAGUAUCGAGAAGUUCACCAGGCGACUGACCUAUCCUC